AUGAAGGCCCAGAAGCGAAAUUUUUUGAUGUUUGUUGACAAUUCUACAGUUCAUAAUAAUAUGCCCGAACUAAGCCACAUUAAACUUGUGUAUCUGCCUGUUAAUAAGGCAAGUAACUUGCAGUCAAUGGAUCAAGACAUUGUCAAUAAUUUCAAAAUUUAUUACAGAAAAGGAGCUGUUCAUCAUGUUCUUAAAUCUAUAGAAGACAAUCAAUGUUCUUCAGGCGAUGAAAUUUGCUAG